AUGAAUGUGGAUACGGUGUACGGUGAUCUAAAAGAUACGGAGAAACCUGUCCAAGGAAAUCCACAAACAUACCAACAAAUUAUGAAGAACACUAACAUAGUAAAUCCACCAGAAGCCACAUUCGAAAGUAUGGAGAAAACUAAUACCCAAACUCGAGACCGCCCAAAUAAAGAAAGUAUGCAGAAUACUGGAAAUAAUUCAGAAGCGACUAAAAGACAACGAAAAGAAAGUAUGGAAAACCCAAAUCAAGGAGCGGUGAAAACGCACCAAACCCAACACCCCAAAAGGAACCGUAAAAGACAAAAUAUCCCCAGUGACAGCCAAACCUAA